AUCGAACUAGUUAAAAUGGGAGAAGAUAGAAUUAUAGAAGUGUUUACCUCCAAGAAAAGUGUCAAUGGAAUUCAGGGUCGGAUUAAAUUACUUCACCCAGAAUCUCAAGAUGUAUCACUGGUAAUCCAGAACACACAGUUGUCAGAUAUUGGGACAUACCAAUAUCAUUUGGAAUCAAAUGUUGGUCAUGACACUAGUGUGAUUACAUUGCAGGUUAAAGCUCCAUACAACGUGACCAUAUUCCCAAACAUGAUAUCAACGAGAAUGGUAAAUGUCACCUGUGAAGCAAUUGGAUAUCCUCUGGCUCAGAUUCACUGGUUGUUGAAUGGAAUGAAGAACCUCACAUCCAAGGUUAUUACUCGCAGUGUAAAAUCAGCAGAGGAACUGUACAAGAUCACGAGCACAUUUCAAAUCACAGAGAAAAUAGAUAUUCCAGAAUGUGUUUACAUUUGUGCUGUGUGGAGCAUGGAAGAGGGUCAAUAUGUGGUGCAGAAAAACCUUCCAUUCUUUCAUCAACGCUCGAAUCCUGAUAGUAAUAUUGAAGAGAAAAAUAAAAACGUGCUCAUAACAGCCUUUCUGAUUAUCACCCUUUUUUAUGGUGUAUUAGUAAUUUCUGCUCUUCCACAAUUUAGAAGAAGAUCACAUCCAGAAAUUAGAAGAGAAUUUGAAAUCCCGAUGGUGUCAAGCGACCACAGGAUUAAUGUUUAUUAAAAUAUAGAACUGGAAAAUAUAGAUUCUGGAAAUCUUAAACUAAAGCAAAAAUUGCUGGACAAAUUCAGUACGUCUGGCAGCAUCUAUGGCAAGAUAGCAGAACUAAGCUUUUGACUUCAAUGACCCUUCUACACGACACAAAACCAAUGCUUCAUCGUGCUUGCAGUUAAUCAAUCUUAUUUUUAACUUGUACAGAAUAUACUGAUGUUGACAUUUUAAAGUAAACGUUUUGACUUCCGCUAUCAUCUAGUUAAUGGAUGUUAAUAUUUUUGGUCUGAUACAACUCCUCAUACCUCUGGACACUGGCAAAUUACAAAGCUUGAUGUUGGAAGUCAUAGUGACACAUUAACACCGAGGCUGACGGCCACUCAUGUUGCGCCAAUCAUGAAGCACGUGGACAGAGUACAAUGUUAAGGAGAAAGGCUGCGAAGGCACUCAUAGUAGGUGAAAGAAAUGAGCUAACCUGUGAAAGAGAAGACUGAAACCCUUAAGUUGCAUCUGCAGCAAGUGAUUGGGCCUGCAUAGGGAACAAUAUUGCCCUCCAUCAUAUGAUCACACAGGCAUGCAAAGUGCCUAGCCUGGCAAUCCUGCAGCACUCACUGUCUUGGUUGUGCCUCCUCAUCAUCAACACAGCUGAGAUCUUCCUGAGAUAUACACUCCUAUACAUAUACGCUGCUGCUCAGUAAGCAAUUAUAGUGGGGCAGGGAUGUAAGAUAUCUUUGAGUGAGCUGAUGUCAUGUAUACAUAUUGCUACUGCUGUUUCCAUGUAAUGUAGUUAGCAAUCUUUGCAGACACCCUUCCCCUGACCCUCAUUAAUGACCGAGGAGCGAUAGCGCAGGAUGCUAUGAGGCAUCUAGCCUCAGAACAGAAACAGGGGCAUAAGCAGUAAAAUGCAAGAGUUUGAGAAAUGUUAAAACUACUUAUAUACUAUUCGUUGUGGAAGGAACUUUAAGUAUGAAUUUUUUCUCAAUAA